CACUGGCGGGAGGAAACGUUGGACCCUGGGUUCAUGGACGGAUGCAGAGGCUGAGCGCGGAGAUAGCAGCUGAGGGCGUUUGGCUCCCUCCUUUCGCUCUCUAUCCCGGGUCAUCUCCGCCUGGGGCUGCCUAACUUCACCCGCGCCCUGCCCAGUCGGGGCCCAGGGAGGGCCCGGAAGCUACAGCCCCGCCCAGGAGAGACGGACACACCUGCCCUGUUGGCCCUUUCUCCCGAGGCCGAAUGAAACGUGUGUAGGUUCCUGCGCCAGCAUGUGGCAAACCGAGGGCGCCAGGGACGGAAGCCUGAAGGAGCUCAACUAUGCAAAGCACAUACUCUAGAACUGAGCAACAUCCUCAGUUCCUGUUGAGCACCUGUUAUGUGCCUAACCCUGUUCCAGAACUUUGUGAUACAUCAGUGAACCGAUAAAGCACAGGGGAUGACUCCAGCAGAACACCCCACCUCUUUGAAGAGCUCAGAGGAAGAUGUCAGCCCAGUCCCUUCCUGCAGCAACACCCCCCACCCAGAAACCCUCUCGGAUCAUCCGCCCUCGGCCCCCUUCCCGCCCACGGGCUCCCCACUCCCCAGGGCCUCCUCACCAUGGCUCUUCUCCACAGGCACUUCCCCAAACUUCCAGUGAUGCAUCAGCUCCAAUGUGCACCCCCAUUUUCUGGGAGCCCCCAGCCACAUCCCUCAAGCCCCCUGCCCUUUUGCCUCUAUCGGCUUCUAGAACCAGCCUCGACUCCCAGCCUUCCCCAGACUCAUGUUCCAGCACCCCCAGUCCAGUGUCCAGGCGCUCUGGCUCCCCAGAACUGGCUGUCUGUUCUCCAGUUCCCCCACCCAAGCCCUCUGGGUCACCUCGCACACCUCUGCCCCUGCUCCCCAUGGCUGGGGGCCUGAAGCAGGAUGGUCUGGCCUCGGCCCCUGGCACUGUGCGGAGACUGGCAGGCAGGUUUGAAUGGGGGGCUGAAGACAGGACCCAGGCUGCAGACUCUCUGGAGUGGGGUCCCCAAGGGGGAGCGGAUGUGAAUGGGGAGAGAAAGGAUGCUGCUGGGAACCGGUCCCAGGAGAAUGGUGCUCUGGAUGCUAUCCUGGCCUGCCCUCCUUGCUGCCCUUGUGUCUGCCACAUAACCCGGCCUGGGCUGGAGCUCCGAUGGGUGCCUGUGGGGGGCCCUGAGGGUGGCCUCAGAGCCCCCUGCAGGGCCUCUCCACUGCGCACCUCCCGCUCCCGCCCUAACCCUCCGAGCAUCAGUCGCCCUGCAGUCGUCCUCACGUCCUAUCGUUCCACCGCUGAGCGAAAACUUCUGCCACCCCUUAAACCUCCCAAGCCAACUCGGGUCAGACAGGAUGCCACUGUCUCUGGGGACCCCCCCCAGCCAGAUCUUGAUUUGCCUUCUGAAGAUGGAAUCCAAACAGGGGACAGCCCUGAUGAUGCUCCUCUGAACCAGAACCCCUUCCCUGCAGCCAUGGAGGGAAGGAAUGAGGAGGGGCUGGAGGGGCUGAAGGAGCAGAACUGGGAGCUGCCCCUGCAGGACGAACCUUUAUACCAGACCUACCGAGCAGCCGUGCUGUCAGAGGAGCUGUGGGGGGUUAGUGAGGACGGGGGCCCCUCUCCAGCAAAUCCUGGGGAAGCUCCUGCCUUCACGCGACCUCCUGGGCCUCGAAACACCCUGUGGCAGGAGCUUCCAGCUGUGCGAGUCAGCGGCCUCCUGGAGACCCUCAGCCCCCAGGAGAGGCGCAUGCAAGAGAGCCUGUUCGAGGUGGUGACGUCUGAGGCCUCCUACCUGCGCUCCCUGAGGCUGCUCACUGACACUUUCGUGCUGAGCCAGGCACUCCGGGACACGCUUACCCCGAGGGAUCACCACACACUCUUCUCCAAUGUGCAGCGAGUCCAGGGAGUCAGUGAGCGGUUUCUAGGAACGUUACUGUCCCGGGUGCGUUCUUCUCCUCACAUCAGUGACCUGUGCGAUGUGGUGCAUGUGCAUGCGGUGGGGCCUUUCUCCGUGUACGUGGAUUAUGUGCGGAACCAGCAGUAUCAGGAGGAGACCUACAGCCGCCUUAUGGACACAAACAUGCGUUUCUCCGCGGAGCUUCGGCGGCUGCAGAGCCUCCCCAAGUGUGAGCGGCUCCCGCUACCCUCCUUCCUGCUGCUGCCCUUCCAGCGUAUCACCCGGCUCCGCAUGCUGCUGCAGAAUAUCCUGCGCCAGACCGAGGAGGGAUCCAGUCGCCAGGAAAAUGCCCAGAAGGCCCUGGGUGCUGUCAGUAAGAUCAUUGAGCGUUGCAGCGCUGAGGUAGGGCGCAUGAAGCAGACCGAAGAGCUGAUUCGACUCACCCAAAGGCUGCGCUUCCACAAAGUCAAGGCUCUGCCACUGGUCUCCUGGUCGAGGCGCCUGGAGUUGCAGGGGGAGCUGACCGAGUUAGGGUGCCGGAGGGGGGGCGUGCUCUUCACCUCGCGACCCCGCUUUACUCCCCUCUGCCUGCUGCUCUUUAGUGAUCUCCUGCUCAUCACUCAGCCCAAGAGUGGGCAGCGGCUGCAGGUUCUGGACUAUGCCCAUCGCUCCCUGGUGCAGGCCCAGCAGGUUCCAGACCCAUCUGGACCCCCUACCUUCCGCCUCUCCCUUCUCAGCAACCACCAGGGGCGCCCCACCCACCGGCUGCUCCAAGCUUCCUCCCUAUCAGACAUGCAGCGCUGGCUGGGAGCCUUCCCUACUCCAGGUCCCCUUCCCUGCUCCCCAGACACCAUCUAUGAGGACUGUGAGUGUUCCCAGGAACUGUACUCAGAGCCAUCUACACCUGUCAAGGCUGAGGGACCAGGUGUGGAGUCCAGGGCUCCCACCAAGCAUCUGCACAAGAAUCCUGAAGGCUGGCUGAAGGGGCUUCCUGGAGCCUUUCCUGCUCAGUUGGUGUGUGAAGUCACAGGGGAACAUGAACGGCGGAAGCACCUUCGUCGGCACCAGAGGCUUCUUGAGGCUAUGGGGCCCUCUUCAGGCACCCCCGGUGACCCUUCACCCUAAUGCAGGCUGAGGGUGGGGCCCAGGUUAGGACAAUGGCAACUCGACACUGAGGGAACAGAAACCAUCCAUCCAUCCGUUGGAUUCACUGCCAGUGGAAACACUACCUCUAGUGGCAACCAAUAGGGACUGAGCAUAAAGACAGGGCAGCCAAUGAAACAAGGCCUCUGAGCUCACAGCCAUAAGAAAGAAUGGGAUGGCUUCAAUGCUUGCCAGUGGAGACAGAGGCAAAGUAGAGACCAGCUGAUUGGCACUGAACUGGCUGAAUUCCUGGCAAGUGAGUAUCCUUGCUACGUUCACAGCCAAGGAAGACAGUGCUGGUGCAAUGCAGUUAAAACCAAACAAAACCGAACUAUUGCCAUACAGAUAAAGUCCUACAGCCAACAAGGAUGAUGAGGGACCUAUCCAGCCAAAGAUGGUGAUUUGGGCCCAAGAGACCUGCAGUCACUCUGCUUGGUUCUGCAACACCUACCAGUUCUGCCUUUGAGUCUGAGAAGUAUUAGAUUUAUUCUUUGGAUAUCUCCUGUGCCCUCUCAAGCCAUUUCCUCUUUUCCAAAGAAUCCUGAGUGUGUGUGUCUUAGAGGAUCUGUGUGUAUGUGUGUCUGUAAUAUAUCAGGGAAGGUGAUUCUGCUGAUCGGGGGGAGUGUGUGGCGGUACCUCCACCGCCUUGAAUGAAUGCUCCAUUUCUUCUCUUAUCUACAUUUCUCUUGCUGUUCUAAGAAAGACAUUAGAUCUAAGUUCCAGAAGAGAGCAUGCUGGGUAUAGCUUGGCAGGGAGGCCAAGCUGAGGAUGAAAGCCCUGGACUGUGGGUGUCUUGAAGCACAGGGUUCCAUGACAGUUGGAGGGUUUAUGUUAUGGAGCAGUCAAGCAGCCUGGCAGAGGAGCCAGAGGGACAGAAGAUGGCCAGUAGCUGGUGCUCAAGGCCCCUUAAAUCUCUGUACAAUUCUCCUGCCCCAAACUCUGGUCUCCAUGAUCCCAGCCUGCAUAUCCCCCUAACUUGAAGUAUUCUCAUUCAGCAGCCUCAGUCUUGGGCUGCAGAACACUCUGGAUCCCAGGUUGGGUCGAAGGCACAGAAGCUGUGGAUCACAGGCUGGCUGAUGAGCCUCCCUCUUGGGCUUCUGGCCUCGACCCUGAUCCUCUCACAGAAAUAGGGCUGAACAGUGUGGAGAGCUGGAGUUGCUACCUGGCUCCAAGCAGAACAUCUGCUUCCAGAUGAGCAACUUCCCCCUGAAAAUCCCAGAGAAGGUGAGGGCUGGAAACACCUGAACUGACAGGUGCUGGCAACUGGGGACCCAAGCCUGGGACAUGGCCUUCCCUGUUCUGGGCCAUCACCCUUCCCCUUCAAUCUUGCUUGGCAACUUACUCAGGACAGAAACUGCCACGAAGAUCAUAGGAGGUACAAGGACUCUGGAGACUCUGAGGGAAGAGGGUGCUGGCAGUUGGCAUGUCCACAACUUUGGAGAUUCACCUAGCACAGUGCCUGGUAUAUGAAAACCCUCAAUAAAUGCUGAUGGAGUUGUA